GUAAUACGAUUCGAUUGCGACUCAUCAAAAGAAUACGUUAAAGUUGUGUUAAGAAGCAGAUAAAGAUUCAUACUACAGAGAAAAUGCCGAUUACACUAGGGAAAAACCUUAAUUUCUGCUUCUCCAAGAUCAAACGUCCGCAAAAUCCCCAGUCCUCCGAAACCUCACCAACGGCAGCCGGCGGUUGCAGCCACCAAUUUCCUACAACCACUGUAUUAACCCUCUUCAGGAACUUCAACUCCCUUUACGACCACACCCUUGACUCCACCGCAAAAUCGUUGACUUCCAGCCGCUCCUCCUCCAUCUCAUCCAAACCCGACAAGGAUGCUGAAUCAGAACCCGAUUUCGCCACCGUCUUAUCCUCCCAACGCUUCUUCUUCACCUCCCCUGGCAGCUCCAAUUCCAUCAUUGAAUCAACGCCGUCCUUUGCCAGUGCCACCGAUCCCCGCGACCACUCCACUAAUUCUCCGGUCGACGACGGCUGUGAUGAGAAUAAAUCUCUUGAAUCAUGGAGCACUCCAACUGUCAAAGACAGCGUCGCCGUCGCCACAUUCUCCCCUGACCCCUUCAUGGAUUUCCGGCGGUCCAUGCAGGAGAUGGUGGAAGCACGUGAGUUGGUCGACGUGAAGGCUAAUUGGGACUACUUGCACGAGCUUCUCUUGUGUUAUCUCUCAUUGAACUCCAAGAACACACACAAAUACAUCAUCGGAGCAUUCGCCGAUCUUCUUGUUAGUCUAAUGGCAAACGCUGGUAGCAGCCGGAAAACAGAGUUGCCGGACGGUGGUCGGAGCAUUUCCGAGCAGUGUACGUAUAAUCCCGUGUGAUGUUCAGAACAUGAUUAUCUAAUAAUCUUUGAUAUAAGUAGAAAUAUAUGUGGAAACUUCUGUCCAUCUAUUAUAGCUUAUUAUCUUUUACUUAGUCUUCCUUUCUGUUUUUUGUUUUGGUUUUUUCCCUUGAAAAUAGUAUAGAAAAUUUAUGGAGGUAAUUUGAGUAUUUCUUCUAAGGAUUUUUCCACUAGCAUAGAUUAAAUUAUGUAAUUAUUG